AUGGAUGACCAAGAAUCGACCUUUUUGGCUGUAACAGGUGCAAAAGAUGAAUCGCUUGCCAAGCAUUUCUUGGAACUCACAAAUGGAGACUUGGAGUAUGCUGUCACUUUAUACAUGGAAUCACAUCAUCCACAAGCAGCAUCAACUAAUUCAGGAAAUGAUGAAGAGUAUGCUGCCAGAUUACAACAAGAAACAUAUGAGAAUGAAGAUAGGAACUCUAUAGUACGUGAUGCGGACUCCAAUAUCCAUAGGCAUGAAACCUUGGUAGACAAUAUGGAUAGUUUUUUCUCCCCGACAAACCAGCCAAGGCCAACCGAUAUUUUUGGUAGAGGAAGAGUAGGAAUUUUCAAUCAAAGGUUUGACGAAGAAGAGAAUGAUUACUAUAAUGGUAGAAUAUCAGGAACCAACUCUGAUGAACCCUAUGAAGAUACCGAAGAUGAAGUGAUGAUUCUAGAUAGUGAUGAAGAAGAGGGUGAUCGACCAAGGUCUAGAAGAGGAGCUCACAGGGAAAAUCGUCAGUCGGAACUCACUUCUACGCAAAGGCGCUUAGCAAAUUUGUUCAGACCUCCUUUUGACUUAAUGUCCAAGUUUGAUAUAGAUACAGCAAAGCUCGAAGGUAGGAAACAAAAGAAAUGGAUAUUGGUCAAUGUUCAAGAUUCUACCGAAUUCAGUUGUCAAAUUUUGAAUAGGGACUUCUGGUCAAAUUCUAGAAUAAAGUCAGAGAUUAAAAAGUCUUUUAUAUUCCUUCAAUAUCAAAAUGACUCACCGAAUGGAAUAACUUAUUUGCAAUUCUAUUCAACAACUAAAUUUCCCCAUAUAGCAAUUUUGGACCCAUUAACUGGUGAAAGAGUGUUCCAGUGGACUGAUGGAGUAGUUCCAGAUGUGGAAGAGUGGAUUUCAGAUGUGGAAGCUUUUCUACUGAGGUUCUCUCUAUCAUCUAGUUCCAAUAAUCCUAUGGUGGAACAUCCAGUAAAGUUUGAUCCUGAUACCUUGACUGAAGAACAGCAGAUAGAAUUUGCGAUGAAACAGUCUAUGAUGGAUAAUGAAGGAACAAGUGAAAGCAAUGCUAUUUCUAUUACAGAUUCCGAUGAACAGGAGAAUACAAUACCGGUUCCAACGAUACCAAAACAAAGUGACCCCUUCGUCUACAUAGAGCCUAGGGACCACCCUGAACCGGACUCAGGAAAUACUACGAGGAUUCAAGUAAGGUUCCCAAAUGGAAAAAGACUAGUGCGAAAGCUUUUAGUCGAUGAUAGGGUGCUGAUCCUUUAUGAAUGGUUGAAAUAUAUUUUGGAAAAAGAUCCUGAAGCUUACGGCCUCCAGGCUGGAGAUAAAUUCACACUAUCUAAUUUUUCAGAUAGAUCAGUUAGUCUAAUUGAUUCUUUGGAUAAAUCAAUUCAAGAAAGUAAUUUGAAAAAUGCAAGUGUAUUAUUAGAGAAGGAAUAG